UUACUCUCGAGCUGUUGCCGCAUUCGGACGUCGCGGAUUGUGCCGGCCGCUGCUCGGGAGUCGAAUGAAAAGUCUGUGCCAACGCGUUUUCUGGUCACCGCGUCAUCCGUCCGUCCGAGUGUUAGUUCCGUGUGUAGUGUGACCGUCCCCUCCGCCGCCACCAUGAGCCGUCGUUACUCGCGCGUCGAGUCCAGCUCGGACCUGCUGCAGUUCCUGGACCGGGGCCACUCGGCAAACACCGAAAAUCGGUUCACGUUCGAGAUCGCUUGGGAGGUGGCCAACAAAGUCGGUGGAAUCUACACCGUGAUCCGCUCGAAAGCGUUCGUGUCGACCGAGGAACUGGGAGACCAGUACUGUCUGAUUGGCCCGUACAAGGAAGCGUCGGCCAGGACCGAGGUUGAGGCGUGCGAGUUUCCGAGUAAUGGCCCAUUCUACCGGGCCGUGACGGCGAUGCGGAACCAGGGCUUCAAGGUGCACUGCGGUCGCUGGCUUGUCGACGGCAAUCCGCAGAUCAUCCUGUUCGACAUCGGGUCGGCCGCGUGGAAGAUGGACGGGUACAAGCAGGAGCUGUGGGACUCGUCGAACGUUGGCAUUCCGCAUCUGGACGUUGAGUGUAACGAUGCAAUUAUUCUAGGCUACACCAUUGCUACCUUCAUCGAUGAGUUUAAACGCUGCGCCGAAGUGUACUCGAAGGAGAACGAAUACGGGCCCCCACGGAUCGUGGCCCAUUUCCACGAGUGGCAGGCCGGUGUUGGAUUGAUUGCGCUCCGCACGCGUCAAGUCGACGUGGCCACCGUGUUCACGACGCACGCCACCCUGCUCGGGCGGUACCUGUGCGCGGGCAACACCGAUUUCUACAACAACCUAGCCAAGUUUCCAGUCGAUGAGGAGGCCGGCAAGCGGCAGAUCUACCACCGGUACUGUCUCGAGCGGGCGGCCUCGCACCUGUCGCACGUCUUCACGACCGUGUCCGAGAUCACCGGCUACGAGGCGGAGCAUUUGCUGAAGCGCAAACCCGACAUCAUCACACCGAACGGGUUGAACGUGAAAAAGUUUGCCGCCAUCCACGAGUUCCAGAACAUGCACGCGAUGGCGAAGGAAAAGAUCCACGAGUUCACGCGCGGCCACUUCUACGGGCACUUUAACUUUAACAUCGAGAAAACGCUGUACAUGUUCAUCGCCGGGCGGUACGAGUUCUCGAACAAGGGCGCGGACAUCUUCAUCGAGGCGCUGGCCCGGCUGAACCACCUGCUGAAGACGCAGAACUCGGACGUGACGGUGGUGGCGUUCUUGAUCUUCCCCGCGCGCACCAACAACUUCAACGUGGAGUCGCUGCGGGGCCACGCCGUCACGAAGCAGCUGCGGGACACGAUCAACAACAUCCAGCAGGAGAUUGGCAAGCGAAUGUACGAGACGUGCCUGCAGGGGCGCUUGCCCGAGGGGUCGGAGAUUUUGACCAAGGAGGACAUCGUCAAGAUCAAGCGCUGCCUGUACGCGCUGCAGCGGGACGGGAACCCGCCCGUCACCACGCACAACAUCGUCGACGACUGGAACGAUCCGGUGCUGGACUCGAUCCGCCGGUGCCAUCUAUUCAACACGCAGUACGAUCGCGUGAAGGUCGUGUUCCACCCGGAGUUCCUCAACUCGACCAACCCACUGUUCGGGCUCGAGUACGAGGAGUUCGUGCGGGGCUGCCAUCUGGGAGUGUUCCCGUCGUACUACGAGCCGUGGGGCUACACGCCGGCCGAGUGCACCGUGAUGGGAAUCCCGAGCAUCACCACCAACCUGUCCGGGUUCGGGUGCUUCAUGCAGGAGCACGUGGCCGACCCGAAGACGUACGGCAUCUACAUCGUCGAUCGGCGUCACGUCGGGCUGGAGGAAAGCGUUCAGCAGCUGUCCAAGUUUAUGUUCGAGUUCUCGAAGCUCAACCGCCGCCAGCGCAUCAUCCAGCGGAACCGUACCGAGCGGUUAAGUGAUCUGCUGGACUGGAGAAACCUUGGAAUCUAUUACCGGCAGGCGCGGGUGAAAGCUCUGCAGAGCGUGUAUCCAGAUUAUGUGGAUGAGUCAACGGAGUACAUGAAACGGGCGUCGGAGUUCUCCUACCCGAGACCUAUCAGCGCACCGCCAAGCCCUAGCUCAUCCAGACACACCACACCAGCACCUUCACUGCACGGCUCGGACGAUGAAGAAGACUCCGUCAACUCGGAGGAAGAGCUAGAGGAGCUUAAAAUGAAUUCACAUAACUAAGCGUCGCCAACAAUCCUGGGUCGCGAAUCCUCGCGAAGACCGGAAAUAUCAACCUCGGUGCCGUGCCUCCAGGUCCACUCCUUGCAGCCAUAGAAGAAUGCCUUCGUCGGAGGACACUGUCUGGUCACCGCACCUGUUUUACCACAACUGACCGUUACUAAAAUUCUAUUUAAGUUUAUCACCCUGUCUCCUCUAACUUCCUGCGGCUGUCGGUGCAGCCCAGCGACCCAUCAACCCAUUUGUGUUCAACCACGCGAACGGUAGUUCAAAGCAAAAGCGGUCUAGAAAUGUGUGGCUAGCUCGUUGUUAAACUGUCAGAAAGUAUAAAUUUAAUAAAAACAAUC